AUGCUCCCGCCCAUUCCUCGACCCGAGGACUACGGCGUCUCGCCCGCAACGGGCUUCCUGCCCUCGACGCUUCCCCUCCAAUGCCUACCUCACCAGGUAUACGAUAGAUGGGAAAGAAUAGUGAACAACUUCCAGUCGCUGCUGCUCUCGAAAAGGCUACGUACAGUGAUAGACAAGCUACCCAUCAUACCCGCCGUCCACCUUGAGACAGAGGCGGAGUGGCGAAGGGCAUAUGUCGUCCUGGUGUUCCUAGCCAAUGGCUAUAUCUGGGAACACCUCGAACUACCGCCGGUAGCCACAUAUGCAGGAACUGUGCUAUGGAACUACAAGCCCAUAUUCUUGUCGGACCCUCUCGUACUCGACAACCUGUCAACUCUACUCACAUUCACCGGUUCACUAGACGAGCAAUGGUUCUACCUAGUCAGCGUGGCGAUUGAGGCCAGGGCAGGUCCAACAAUACCACUUAUGCUGGACGCUAUCCAGGCAGCACGAAACGACGACAUCGUCAAGGUCACCGAAGGCCUUCAAUCGUUUGCACAGACACUCGACGAGCUCGGCACUAUCCUGGUGCGGAUGUAUGAGAACUGUGAUCCUCAUAUCUUCUAUCACCGCAUUCGUCCAUACUUGGCCGGCAGCAAGAAUAUGUCCGAUGCAGGUCUGCCCAACGGAGUCUACUACGACGACGGCACUCGCAAUGCUCGAUUUCGGCAGUACGGCGGAGGCUCCAAUGCUCAGAGUAGCAUCAUCCAGUUCUUCGACGUCGUCCUAGGCGUCGAGCAUAGACCGACGGGUGCUAAGAUGAAUGAAAGCUCCGAAUCCGAAGCAGAACCAGGUUCGGCACCGAAGCCAAGACACAACUUCAUACAUGAGAUGCGGCAGUACAUGCCUGGUCCACAUCGACGUUUCCUGCAGGCAGUCGAAGGUAUUGCCAACAUUCGCGAAUAUAGAGUCCCGAAGCCAGAGCCGAUCAAGAGGUCAGACAAGCCUGAUCCUGCUCCUGCCCGUGGCCACGGCCUGGCGUCAGUUCGCUACAAGACUGGCGCCGGAGAAAAGCCGAAGAAGACUCGCGGGACAGGCGGGACAGCUCUGAUUCCGUUCCUCAAGCAAGCAAGGGACGAAACUGGCGAACCGGCGAUCGACGAAUGGGCAAGAAAUAUAUUGAUGGGUGGUAGACGCACAGAAGUUGAUGCCGAGAUUGCCUAUCAAAGCAGACUGACUGCUCAGGAGCUCGAUGCCGAGGAGCCACUGAUCGUCGGCCUUUCCGGAGCAUGGGAUAUGGAAGAAUCUGGUGGCGGAUUAUGUUCAUACUAA